AGUAACAGAGAAGAAAUUCAAGGUUCUUUGUCAAGAUUUGUCAAGAAGAGAGAAGAACCAUCACUUGAACUUGAACAAGAAAUGAUAAAUAGUUUACAUAGAGAAAGUAGAAGUAGAUCAGAAGAAUAUGAAACUCUAAUUAAAAAUAUAACAUGUAAUGAUUUAGAUAUAGAGUUAAUUAAAAGCAGUAUUUAA